GUAUAUAUAGUCUAUGAAUUUGAGGUUAUGUUUUGUUUCCCUCUUAUUGUAUAUGCAAACAAUCAUUUUAUAAUAUAAUAUUGUUAAUAAGAUAUAUUUAAGUGUGUAAACAUGUUUAAAAGGAAACAAGACUCUCAAGUUCCUUCUGAAGAAAGUGAUCAAUUAAUAAUUCGUCCUUUAGGAGCCGGUCAAGAAGUGGGGCGAUCUUGUAUAAUGAUCGAAUUUAAAGGAAAAAAAAUUAUGCUUGAUUGUGGUAUUCAUCCUGGUUUAUCAGGAAUGGACGCAUUACCUUUCGUAGAUUUAAUAGAAGCAGAUGAAAUCGAUUUACUUCUCAUUUCGCAUUUCCAUUUAGAUCAUUGUGGGGCUUUACCGUGGUUUUUAUUGAAAACAAGUUUUAAAGGACGUUGUUUUAUGACCCACGCAACUAAAGCUAUCUAUAGGUGGUUAUUAUCUGACUAUAUAAAAGUCAGUAAUAUAGCUACCGAACAGAUGUUGUACACCGAAGCAGAUUUAGAAGCCAGUAUGGAUAAAAUUGAAACUAUAAAUUUCCACGAGGAAAAAGAUGUUUUAGGGAUUAAAUUCUGGGCUUAUAAUGCCGGACAUGUGCUAGGAGCCGCUAUGUUUAUGUUAGAAAUUGCUGGUGUAAAAAUUUUAUAUACAGGAGAUUUUUCCAGACAAGAAGAUAGACAUUUAAUGGCAGCAGAAAUUCCAACGGUUCAUCCUGAUAUUUUAAUUACUGAAUCAACGUAUGGGACACAUAUACACGAAAAAAGAGAAGAUCGGGAAACAAGAUUUACUUCAUUAGUACAUGAUAUUGUAAAUAGAGGAGGCAGGUGUCUAAUACCUGUAUUUGCACUAGGAAGAGCUCAAGAACUUUUACUUAUACUAGAUGAAUAUUGGAGUCAACAUCCCGAACUUCACGACAUUCCCAUAUACUACGCAUCAUCUUUGGCGAAAAAAUGCAUGGCGGUUUAUCAAACUUACAUAAAUGCAAUGAACGAUAAAAUAAAAAGACAGAUCGCCAUCAAUAACCCUUUCGUUUUUAAACAUAUUUCGAAUUUAAAGGGAAUCGAUCAUUUUGAAGAUAUAGGACCAUGCGUGAUAAUGGCAUCUCCUGGUAUGAUGCAGAGCGGUUUAUCAAGAGAGUUAUUCGAAAAUUGGUGUACGGAACCGAAAAACGGUGUCAUAAUUGCUGGUUAUUGUGUCGAAGGUACCUUAGCUAAAACCGUAUUAUCAGAACCGGAAGAAAUUACUACCAUGAUCGGUCAAAAAUUACCCCUAAAGAUGUCUGUAGAUUACAUAUCGUUUUCUGCCCAUACGGAUUAUCAACAAACUAGUGAAUUUAUUAGGAUGUUAAAACCGCCCCACGUGGUUUUGGUACAUGGUGAACAAAACGAAAUGAAUCGUCUAAAGGCUGCAUUACAAAGAGAAUACGAAGACGAUCCAAACACGAAUAUAAAUUUGUACAAUCCCAGGAAUACGCAUUCAGUUGAAUUGUAUUUUAGAGGGGAAAAAACUGCCAAAGUUAUGGGGCAAUUAGCAGUCGAUGAACCUCAACCAGGUAAAACUAUCAAUGGGAUCUUGGUGAAGAGGAAUUUUAACUAUCACGUUCUAUCUGCUGAGGACUUACCAAAAUAUACGGAUUUAAGUAUAAGUCAUAUAAUGCAGAGGCAAAGUUUGCAUUAUUCAGGAAACAGUGGCGUCCUCAGGUACAUGAUAUCGCAAGUCGCUGGUCUUUUAGAGUCUAUAGACGGUGAAAAGAAGAUGAGAGCUUUCAAUGCUGUUGAUAUCACCAUUGAACAUAAAGUUGUUACAUUGGAGUGGGUAGCUAAUCCAGUAAACGAUAUGUACGCAGACGCGAUAGUAGCCGCAAUUUUACAAGCAGAUUUGUUGGAUAUACCAGUAAAAAGUACAACCACUUCAGUCAAAAUUGAUAAGAUGCACUUUAAGGAAUGUUUAAUCGAAAUGUUGCAAGAUAUGUUUGGUGAAGAUUCGGUACCGAAAUUAUUUAAAGGAGAUAAAUUGUACGUAACCGUUAAUGAUAAUCGAGCUGAUAUAGAUCUAGCUAAUUUGGACGUAAAAUGCCAGACUGACGAAACGUUUCAACAGAUCGUACAAACUGCUGUUACGAAGCUUUAUCAAUCCUUGGCGCCACCACAGUUUGAAGCGUCCUAAUGUACAAAUUUGAAACAAUUGUGAAAAUAUUUAUAAUAAAUUUUUGUAAAAUACUUUUUCUGUCAAUUAUAUAAAAAAAUGGCCGUCAA